AUGGGUCUCUUCAACAGAAAGAACAAGGAGCCAUCCGACACCGUCGACGCAGACGUCGCCAAGGAGGACAAGGUCAAGUGGUCCAAGCGCCCAGCCAACACCGCGUUCAAGCAGCAGCGUCUCAAGGCAUGGCAGCCCAUCCUCACACCGAAGGCGGUCCUCCCCACCCUCUUCCUCAUCGGUAUCAUCUUCGCGCCCAUUGGCGGCCUCAUCAUCUGGGGUUCUGGCAAGGUCACCAACAUUAGCCUCGACUACACCCAGUGUGACGCCAAUGCCCCCACCGACGGUUCUUGGGCUGACAUGCCCACGUAUGACUACUCCCUCUCGUCCAGCUCAUCUGUCAAGAAGAGCUCCAUUACCAAGCCGCAGUGGACGUUCUCCAACGACUCGUCGCGCGCUGUUGGCGAGCAGGCCCAGUGCCGCAUCCGCUUCGAGGUUCCCUACGACCUUGGACCGGGCGUCUUCCUCUACUACAAGCUUACCAACUACUACCAGAACCACCGUCGCUACGUCCAGAGCUUUGACUCUGACCAGCUGCUCGGCAAGAAGCGUACUGCCAGCCAACUCGACGGCGGUAACUGCAAGCCCAUCACGAGUUCCGGUGACAAGCCCAUCUACCCGUGCGGUCUUGUGGCCAACAGUGUGUUCAACGACACCUUCCCUUCGGUUGUUCUCCUCAACUCGAACAUCGGCGCCGACAACACGACUUACAACUUUACCGAGAAGGGUAUUGCUUGGCACGGCAUUGCGAAGAACUAUGUCGCUACGCCAACAUGGCCUGCGAGCCCCUCGGACGCGCUCCCCCCUCCCAACUGGGCUCUUCAGUACCCCAACGGCUACACCGAGUGGCCCGACCUCGCUUCCGACGAGCACUUCCAGAUCUGGAUGCGUGUCGCUGCCCUCCCCACCUUCCGCAAGCUCUGGGCCCGUAACGACGACGAGGCCAUGACCGCGGGAACGUACGAGGUUCUCGCCAACAUGAACUACCCCGUCAAGGAGUUCAGCGGCACAAAGUCGAUUGUCAUUUCGACCGUGUCGUGGAUUGGCGGCAAGCAGCCCUUCCUUGGCUGGGCGUACGUCGCCGCUGCCAUCCUCUGUGUCUUCCUUGCCCUCGCUGGUCUUAUUAGGCACCUCGUCAAGCCACGCAAGCUCGGUGACAUGUCUCUCCUGUCAUGGAACCAGCCCACCCGGUAA